GACAGAAGACUACUUGUAAAAAGCUCUGUAUAUAAUUAAAUAUUGUUCGUCACAAAAGGGCAGAUGAAGAUGGCGGCGAAAUUACCAUGUGAUAUCAUCAUCGAAAUACUCUCCAGACUUCCUGUAAGAUCUCUGAUACGUUUUAAAUGUGUUUCAAAAUCAUUCCACUAUUUGAUUUCUAAAGAUCCCAACUUCAAAAAGAAACAUAAAAAUCAGUCUGCGAAGUCGGUUCUUUAUCUUGAAUCUCCAGGAAAUCGUGUUUUGUCAAACUCCCUUUCAUCUUUUUCCAAUGACGAAGAACGCAUUCAGGAUUUGAAGAUUCUUGAUACUCCAGUUAAAGGGUCAGAGAUUUGGACCAUUUACGAUUCUUGUGAUGGAUUGUUUUGCAUUGAAGAACGAGGACGAGGUGUGUUUGUAUGGAACCCUUCUACCAAAGAAUCGAAAAAACUUCCAGAUUGUCCUAUUGAUAUCAAAAUUGUUCCUGGUAUCCACUCACGUGGAUUCACAUAUGCGAUAGCUUAUGACUCAAUCUCAGAUGACUAUAAAGUAUUCAGUAUUUUCUUGUUUCUUGAUAUUGGAAAGGGCUUAAGGACUAAGUUAAAAUCCUAUUCACUGAAGAGUGAUUCCUUGUGGAGAAAAGUUGAGAAUUUCCCAAGUGUAGAUCUCUGGAAUAGGGAAAAAUCUAACUUGUUGAACGGAGCAUUCCAUUGGAUUGCUAUACAUGGCAAAGAUAACAAAGAACCACUACCUUUUCUGCUUGUAUCACUUGAAAUAGGAACUGAAACAUAUAGAGAGUUAUCACUACCAUGGAUUAGCUGUUGUACUCAACGUUUCCCGCAAUUAUGUGUAUUGAAGGGAAAGCUUUGUUUGUACAACCUUUUCUUCAGUAAAUCGUUUGAUCUAUGGGUGAUUGAAGAAUACGGUGUUAUGGAAUCUCUGACAAAAAUGUUUACUAUUCCUUUCUAUGAGGAUCAACCUCAGAGCACAUAUUUUACCCCCAUGUAUUUGUUCGAGGAUGGUAAGAUCAUGUUAAAGGUGAUAACUGGUGGACGAGUUCAAGUAGUCACUUACAAAGAUGGAAUACUUGCGUCCACGAAUCUUGGUAAUUCUAGUUAUCAGAAGGCACGUAUCUGGACAGAGACCCUUAUUUCACCUCAUCUAAACAACUGAUCGCACAUCCACGAAUCUUGGAAAAAAAAUUUGAUGGUCUUUCUGUCAGUGUUUAAUGUUUAAGAAUUCGCUUUCGAUUUAUUUAUUUGAAGUUUUUGCUGUCAGCUUAUUGACAUUCUGUAUAUAAGUACUUAAGUUUGGUUUAAGAUGGUAUGAUUAAAAGUUUGUGAUGCUUUGUAUGGCAACGAUAAAUGUUUAAGAACACUGUUCUGAUUU